UGUCAGAGGCAAGCAAACAAGUAUUAGGGUGCCAGACUGUGGGCGGGGAGAGUACUCCUGAGCUACCAGUAAAGCUCCGGUGAGAAAGAGAGAGAGCGAGCCCAGGAACAUCUCAGAGCUGGGCCCUUCUCCAGGCUCACCCUCCCCCAACCCCAGGAGACCCUGCUCUGCCUGUAGCUCACCUUCUCUGGGCCAGCUACUGUUUUCGGGUUAUCGGGUCCCAGCAUGGCAGUUUACCGCCUGUGUGUAACCACUGGUUCCUACCUGAAGGCUGGCACACUGGACAACAUCUAUGCUACUUUGGUGGGCACCUGUGGUGAGAGCCCCAAGCAGAGGCUGGAUCAUGUGGGCAGGGACUUUGCCUCUGGAUCGGUUCAGAAGUACAAGGUGCGCUGCGCAGCAGAACUGGGUGAGAUCCUGCUGCUGCGCUUACACAAGGAGCGCUUUGCUUUCUUCCGCAAGGACCCCUGGUACUGCAGUUGCAUCAGCGUCACUGCCCCAGAUGGCACAGUGACUCACUUUCCCAGCUAUCAGUGGAUUGAGGGCUACUGCACCGUGGAGUUGCGGCCAGGAACAGCAAGAACCAUCUGUCAAGAUUCCCUUCCCCUCCUUCUGGAUCACAGGAAACGGGAACUCCAGGCCCGCCAAGAAUGCUAUCGCUGGAAGAUCUAUGCCCCCGGGUUCCCUCGCAUGCUGGAUGUCAGCAGCUUUGAGGAGAUCGAGUCAGAUCAGAAAUUUGCCUUGACUAAGACAGUGCCUUGUGCCGACCAAGAUGACAACCCUGGGAACCGGUACCUGCCCGGCUUUCCCAUGAAAGUUGACAUCCCGUCCCUGCUGCACAUGGAGCCCAACAUCCGCUACUCAGCCACCAAGACGGCCUCGCUGAUCUUCAAUGCCAUCCCUGCAUCCCUGGGCAUGAAGAUUCGCGGUCUGUUGGACCGGAAGGGCUCCUGGAAGAAGCUGGAUGACAUCCGGAACAUCUUCUGGUGCCACAAGACCUUCACUUCAGAGUACGUCACAGAGCACUGGUGUGAGGACAGCUUCUUUGGGUACCAAUACCUGAAUGGUGUCAAUCCUGUCAUGCUCCAUUGCCUCUCCAGCUUGCCCAGCAAGCUGCCUGUCACCAAUGACAUGGUGGCACCCUUGCUGGGACCAGGCACCUGCCUACAAACAGAGCUAGAGAGGGGGCAUAUUUUCCUAGCGGACUACUGGAUCUUGGCGGAGGCCCCUGUCCAUUGCCUAAACGGUCGCCAACAGUACGUAGCAGCUCCACUCUGCCUGUUGUGGCUCAACCCACAGGGGGUUCUGCUGCCCUUGGCCAUCCAGCUCAGUCAGACACCAGGACCGGAGAGCCCCAUCUUUCUACCCACUGACUGCGAGUUGGACUGGCUGCUGGCCAAGACGUGGGUGCGCAACUCUGAGUUCUUGGUGCACGAGAACAACACGCACUUUCUGUGCACGCAUUUGCUAUGCGAGGCCUUCUCCAUGGCCACACUGCGUCAACUACCGCUCUGUCACCCAAUCUACAAGCUCCUGCUUCCCCACACUCGCUACACGCUGCAGGUGAACACCAUCGCGAGGGCCACGCUGCUCAACCCAGAAGGCCUCGUGGACAAGGUCACUUCCAUCGGUAGGCGCGGCCUCAUCUACCUCAUGAGCACGGGGCUGGCCCACUUCACCUACACGGAUUUUUGCCUUCCGGAUAGCCUACGGGCUCGCGGGGUCCUGAACAUCCCCAACUACCACUACCGGGACGAUGGCCUGAAGAUCUGGGCGGCUAUUGAGAGGUUUGUCUCCGAGAUCGUGAGCUACUAUUAUCCCGACGAUGCGUCGGUGCAGCAGGACUCUGAGCUGCAGGCCUGGGUGGGUGAGAUUUUUGCUCAGGCGUUCCUCGGCCGGGAGAAUUCAGGCUUCCCAAGCCGGCUGUGCACUCCAGGAGAGCUCAGGAAGUACCUCACUGCAAUCAUCUUUAACUGCUCCGCCCAGCACGCUGCUGUCAAUAGUGGGCAGCAUGACUUUGGCGCCUGGAUGCCCAAUGCCCCGUCGUCUAUGAGGCAGCCCCCACCUCAGGCCAAGGGGAACACAACAAUGAAGACUUACCUAGACACCCUCCCGGAAGUGAAUAUCACCUGCAGCAACCUUCUCCUCUUCUGGUUGGUCAGCCAGGAGCCCAAGGACCAGAGGCCUCUGGGCACCUACCCAGAUGAACACUUCACAGAGGAGGCCCCAAGGCAAAGCAUUGCAGCCUUCCAGAACUGCCUGGCACAGAUCUCAAGGGACAUCAGGGAACGCAACGAGAGCCUGGCACUGCCUUAUGCCUACUUGGACCCUCCUCUCAUCGAGAACAGUGUCUCUAUUUAAGCCCCACUUCACACCAUCCCAGAAGAAAGGAAGCUCCAACUAAGGGGAAGGCCGACUUCCUAGGGCCUUCUGGGCCCUUCCAUCCUCCUUAUUCUCAUCUCGAACCUUCUCCUCUGCCUAUGGGACCAAGAUGGCCCUAACGUUAUAUAAAUGGGCCCUGAGCUGUGAGAGAUCAGUACAGCAGUGUUCAGGGUCAAAGCCGCUGACAUAACUCAAAUGCACAAUAUGCUCCUUGAAAAGGAGUUCUUUUCCUUGCUCUUAUGUGGGAAUCUUCCUUCCAUACUGGGAUGCCCAGCUUGAGUUUCUGAGCUCUGCCUCCACAUCCCCCUCAAACUCAAGUCUUUCACUUGGGGUAACUCUUUCCUUAUCCCUUUCUCCCAAGCUCAGGACCACUAAAUUCAGCUUCCUUCUCUGAAAGAGCCCUGAAACUGGAAUGGAAGGGUGUGUGCCCGGUACUGCCAUGGACUCCACUUUGCUCCUAGCACUUCUAAGGGGAAGGAAAGAGUCAGCCCUGUGCACUUGGAUGUCUAGUUGAGUUUCUGAGAACAGGAGGUCUAGCCUGGCUGUAUGUGUCGCUUUCUCCAGCUCUCCUCCUGCCCACUGGCACUCUAUUGUUUCCCUCCUUCUUUGAGCCCAGUGACUUCAAUAAAAGCUGGCAUAUUCGGUUCCCAUUUCCUCUGUUAUGACGAUGAUAAUGAUGUAUAGUGGAGGGGUGUAGAAGUGCUGGGGCAAAGAGCAAGAGCGAA